AUGCCGCUACCGGUUGUUGCACUUCUUACGGUUGUCUUCUGCGUAGCUGGCUGCCUCGCUUCUCGCCCGCUGGCGCAGUGUGGUACCGGCCCGGUCAGCCUCGCCCCGCUUGACACGCUCCGUCUCAAUGGCACUCUCUCGUCGGUGGUCAUGCCGAGCUGUGACAGAGCUGGAUCAGGGCCGAGCAUUUGCUCGUUUGGCACUUGGCUGAUUGCGCAUUAUCCUGGAGCAACAACGGACCGCUUUGCUACUGGCCGCGACUCGCUGGACGAUGCGCAAGAGACUACCGCUGUGGUGGUGGCAAGACCGCCCCAGGGCUACUCCUUUGGCCCACUCGUUGUGUUGGAUGUGCCAGGCACAUCUAGCUACUCGAUCGUCGACUGCACGCUGUCCCUGUACUCGAUCCAGACGCUUGAUGCGUGGGUGGCAGAGGGGUCGCCGCUGGUGCUCGCUGCCCUCCACACAGAGCACACAGAGCUUGCCACUGGAUCAGCAAAAGUCUCGCUGAUUGUAUUUGAAGCACCGCUGCCGACGCCGCCGGUGCUUGUCCAAGCACUCGUGCCGCAGCCUGUCCGCAUCGCAGCCGGUCUUGUGCUCCUCUCGCCCUCGCUGGCAGUGGUGGCAGCCGAUGGCCGGGUCUUGUUGUAUGAACCGUCACUGGCUGCUCCUUGGCGGCGACUGGCCUGGCCCUCGAGUUCCACACCGACUGCGUUCAGUGCGCUACUUGCGUCCGACGUGAACGGCGACGGUGUGACUGAUGUGAUUCUCGGGGGCAUCUCGCACAUCGAUUCGACCACGGGCGUCUUUGCGGUCGCCAUUGCGCCCUCAUUUGCCAUUACCAGUCAGACGCACACCCGCGGAGGCUUUGAGGCCUUUGGCACCAUGGCCGCGCCAGUUGUCUUCCGUGGCUCGCGCCCGGAUGCUCCGUCGGUCACCCUCGGCUUUACGAUGAUCCUCUCGUUCGCCACGAGUGUGGCAAGCGUCAACACGGUCCGAUUCGAGGCCGACGGCAUCGGUGCCGAGACCGGUGCCUUUACCGGCCUCUCGACACUGGUGGCGACAAGUGUUGUCUCAACGACCUCGGUCCGGCUGGUCGCUGCGCGUGGCAAGACUGGUCCGUCCGGCUUUAGUCCGCUGCUGCUUGUGCAGGCGGCGCUAAGUGGCGACCAGGUUGUGAUCCAGAGUGACGUUGCCGUUGAGCUCCCGUCCCUCGCCAUUCCGCCGCCGUAUUUGACCAGCCACUACCUCGCUGGUGACGGCUUUCCGUCUCGAAUCCAUCUCUACGUCGUUGGCCUUGUCAACAACGACGUUGAGCCCGACGUUGUGGUUGUCUCUUCGAUUACCGGGACUAUCACAACCUUUCUCAACAACGUGGUGAACAGCGAAGUGCAGGGCUUGUUCCAGCAAGUGUCGGGACCGUCGUUUGAUGAGGCCUCGUAUGGCAGCGCUUCCUCGAGCCUCUCGGACUCGCUCGUGCUCAUCGACGUCAAUAGCGAUGCGGCACUCGAUCUGAUAUACGUUUCGUCACGCGCCAUCUUUGUUGCCACUAACAUCGGUGGUGGGAGUUGGCAGAAGCCGGUGGCGGCUCUUGACGCCCCUCCUGGACUGGAUCUUGUACAUGCAGCGGCGCAGAUGCCGCUGGUUGCUGUUGUGCGUACGUCGACAAGCAGCAAUGCGUCGCUCGCAAUCGCAACAGCUUCAUCAGCGAACAAGCUCGUUCUCGCGUCAGCUCCCGAGGAGAUUGAUGAUGAUUGGAAGGUCGUGGUGAUGGCGGACUUGCCUGGCCCGGCUUCAGUGGUCACUUCUGGACCGAUUGGGUCGCCGGCUGGCGAGCUGUAUGCUCGCGAUGACGUGGCAGUCCUUGUCACCUCGCCCAACGUCUCGGUGGUUGUGGCGUACACCUCGGGCUCGCUGGUGCAAGCGCUCGCUCCUCCGAGCAGCAGCACAUCGUGCACGCUGCUGGGGCUGGCACGAUUGGUGCCUCCGAGCGCAGUCGGCGUCGGGCUUGAUCUUUACCUCGUCUGUGCAAAGGAGGUGGCUGUUUGGCCUGCGCUUGCUUCGGGCCGACUGGGCGAGCCGAUCAGCGUGGUGACGCCAAUUCCGCAAGCGAUGACUAUGGCGACACUGGCAGACUUUGAUGGCAACGGUUGGGUUGACUUUUUCGCCGUCUACGAGUUGCCGGCGGUAUUGUUCGUGCAGCCGUCGCCGUGGGCAGCGAGUCCGUUUCCGGCGAGCACCGUGGCUGUUCCAGGGGCUACCGUGGCGUGCAACAAUCCGAGCUCAUUGACUUGCCUUGUCAGCUCGAUGGCGUCUGCAUCGCGGUGUGGAACGAACACACUGGUGUUUGACGGCGUGCUGCAGUUCUGCCGCGGAGACUCGCAUGUUGUUGUGACGCGCCCAGCUGUGAUACGCGGCAUCUCUCGAGAGUCGUCGGCUGUGGCGUGCGGAUUUCUUGGCGGCAUUCUGUUCAAAGUCUCGGGAGGCUCUUCGCUUGUGUUGGAGCGCAUGAGUCUCCGCGACGCCAGGUCUGUCGAUAGCUUGUACGGUGCUCCGCCGCUGCGAGUCGAUGGUGUCGGCUCGUCGCUUGUUCUGCGCGAUGUCCACAUCUCGCAUUUCAGCAACUAUGGCAGUGGAAGUGGCACAACGAUGACGGUCCUUGGCUCCGGAUACGGCGGCGUUAUGGUGGUGAGUAACGGAGGGCUUGCUCAGGUCCUGAGUUCGCUCAUCGAGUCGUGCGGGGCGAGUGCCGGCGGCGGUGUUGCGUAUAUCAGCUCGGGAGCAGGCACGUCGCGCCUGACUAUUCGCGACUCUGAUGUGGUGAGGAACCGGGCUCUUCGGGGCGGUGCUUUGUUUUGCGAGAACGGCGGCGUGGUCGAGAUUGUCAAUGCGACGAUGGCAGCCAACUCGGCGGAACUUGAUGGCGGUAUGAUGGUGAUGGACGGCGAUGACUCUACUGCUCGGUCUUUCGGUUCGUCAUCGCUUGCCUCGCAAGGCAACCAUUAUGAUGUCAACCUUGCCCGGAUGGGUGCGGUCUUUGCGAUCGCGUCGCUGGAGGUUGAGAUGAGCCUUCGCGCGAUCAACGCGCAAAACUUUGGGAUGGUGGACCUACCGAGCGUGAGCAUGAUCGAGCCGCUUGAUGUGGUUUUUGCGAGCGAUGUGUUGAGCAAGAGCAAGAGCGCGUAUGGCGGGGUGUUCUUCACGUGCGGCGGUUCGGUGAUCAUGAGCGAGAUAGUGGGUUGGGGCAACUCUGCUACCCACGGUGGCGCCGCUGCCUUUGCUUGCGCGCUCGACAGGGUUGACGAGCAGAUCACACUCAGAAAGCUGGUCAACACAAGCCGAGCCUCGUUGGUUGCGCUCGAGGCGAUGUGCAGCGCGGCAUCGUGGGGAACACCGGUUGCAACGCCACCGACGCAAGUGUUGUGGACAAGACCUGUGAGCGAGUUGAGCGGAACAAAGAUGGUCUCUGGCUUUCCGUUCCCGCCAUCGUUUGCGGUUGCUCUUGUCGAUGGCGCUGGAGGCUACGUGGUGGACUCGGCGCUGCUGGUUGCGGUGUUGCCCGUGCCAGGUAUGACUACCUUUGGCGGCUCGCCGUCGAUUGUAUCUACUUCCAACACGACGUCGUUGUCUGCAGUUUCACUCGCGGCAACGAGCGAGGCGAGCUUGGACACGUCUCUCAAGCUUAGAGUUGCUGCUGUGUCUGCAGCAUCAGGUACACCGCGGUUUUUCGCGCCGCGCGUGAAGUGUGCAGGCGGGCUGUCCGCGCCCGAGGCUGCCGAGGGCAACUACCCGACGUCUGAUCCUGGGUACUUUCUCAAGUGCCCGAGCACCGAAGCGUGUUCUGGCGACGGCAAGUGUGCGGAUGGGCAGCAGGGGCGGCUUUGUUCCGAGUGCGCCGACGGAUGGUUCAGCCCCGGCGCGGCGAUCGGCGAGUGCAGGCGAUGCAAGCUAGGCAGUAGUGUGGCAGCGGCAGUCUUUGGUAGCGUCAUGGCUGGCUUUCUUGUUCUCUUGAGCGGGUACGUGCUGCUCCCGCGCACCGACCCGAACGUUGUGGUGGAGCUCGUGGGUUCGACGCAGCUAGCACCGGCGUCGCUGUGGGCGCGGCUGCGGGCGCAGAGCGGAAAAAUCAAGGCGGUGGUGGCUUCUCUGGCGUUAGAAGCAGCGGUGGUGGUGGCGAUGGCGAUGAUGGGGCUGGCCGAGGUGUGGGAAGUGGCUGCGCUCGGGAUUGGUCUUGUGGCGCUGACGUUGUAUGCGGUGGCGGGUCGGCCUGCGCACGCUCAAGUCGCCGAGGCCGCGCUCAAGACUACGGUCGUCUUCCUGCAGACGAUCGGCGUGGUGCUGGUAUCGUCCGAGUCUGCGCUGGAGGAGUCGAGCAUGCUCAAGAGUCUGCACGGGGCACUGGAGCGUGCGAGCCUCACGGUGGCCGGGCUCGCUUGCCUGGGGGUCGGGCGGCUUGGCGAGUACUGGACGUUUAUGGCGCUCACGGCUGGGCCAACAGCGUUUUGUUUUGGACUAGGAAUGCUGCCAGGUGUGGGCGGCGAGGCUGCGCAUCGCGGUGUGCUUGCUGCCGGUACACUGGGAUAUCUCUUUGUCUUUCCGAUUGUGCAGCGGUCGUUGGCGAUGUUUGGCUGCAAUCGCGAGCCGACGCCCGGCGUCGACGCGUCGUAUCUCAACGACGCGCCAUGGAUCCGGUGUGGAUCGAGCGAGCAUGUGGAGCUGAUGGUGAGCGGAGGCGGAGUGCUGGUGUGUGUGGCGUGUGUGAUUGGGUGCGUGGCGCGCGCAGCUCAGGUCGCCCGCGCUGCUCAUGUGCACGAUGCCGAAAGGGAGAGCGAGAACGACGAGGCGUGCCAGCCGCUUCUGGGUCAUGUGCACGGGGUGGACGAAGAGCGCGAGUCGCCGCUGGCGUUUGUGUGGGAGCCGUACCGGGAGGCGGCGUGGUGGUUUGAAGGAGUGGUGCUCGGGCGACGUGUGGCGAUUGCAGCCGCCGCCGCCAUCAUUCCGCGCACGUCUGUGUUUGUCGACGGCGUCCUAGCCGGCGUUGUUGCGCUCGGCCUCUUUGCGCACCUCCAGUGGCACCCACUCGCCGAGACCCGUGCACAUCGGCUGGAAGCGAUUGCACUCACGGCCGUCCUCGCGGUCAUCCGCCUCAUGACUAUGCUCGACGAAGCCGAGGCCGACACCACCACCCACUUUCUCUCUGCGCUCAUUCUGCUCGUCACCAUGGGCGUUGUGUCAUACUCUACCUGGGUUGUCAUUGUGGCACUGUAA